AUGAUACUGAAGGAAGGAGAUAGACAUGGCUAUGCAGGUUUAGACGAUUUCUUAAUGUGGAGAACCAUGGGGAAUCUACUGUUGUUCUCUGUGCCUAUCCCGAAGUUAUCGGAUAUCGAGAAAAUGCCGUACUCACAGAAAGGAUAUUUUUUCGACCACCAAAUAGAUUUUCUUGGACAGGCGAAAGAAAACGGGAUUCCGAAGCAUACGUACAACAAGCCACAUAGACUACAAUGUGGUGGCAUCUUCACCACCUUCAAGCGGACUGGUGAAGAGCAGGAGGUCCACUGCCCCGCUUCGAGCGCAACUGGUCACGCUAUUGCACCGAAUGUCGCUGGGUUUGAACCGACCUUACCUAUGGUUAGCGAAAAGAGACACAUUAGCCGUAAUUAA